CGUGCGGUAUUCCUUGAACGUUUAAAUUGCCCAUUUAGUAUUUUAACGAGUGUAAAGAUUAAGUGACAUUAAGAAUUUUCCGUCAUAAUUUCAGUUUGCAUCUAGAAUUGCAAUAGCAUAUAAUAAUAAUCGUCAUCCAUGGCGUUCAGACUUGAAUGGCGAGCAAUGAGAUUGUUGUUCCUCUUUGGGAUAUUGUGUUUGAAUCAGACCUCCUCCUACAGAUUUACGCUAGAAGACAAUGAAACUGGAAGAUUUUUUUACGAAGAUGGCGGAGGAAACCAUGGAUACUGCACCUCAUGUCCGACAGGGAUGAAUGACGAGGAGAACCGAAAGACUCAAAAUGGAGACUGUAUAACCCAGAACUUUUUUGAAACCAUGCCAAACAACGGUCCUAAACCUUUCUGUAAGGAGAAUGCUACUGGAGGGAUCAUUCCAGGAUGUGGUCCUUUACCAGUGUCAGGUAGUUUGUCCUGGAGAACGAAAUCAGGGAGACCAAUCCUAGGCAACAGUACAGUGUACGAGGUAUAUAUUCUGGAAUGCCCUUCUACCAGUGCUUUCAGUAAUCUUAGUGUUCGUUGUGGAGAGAAUCUUCAGUGGAACAAAAAUCCAUCAGGAAUUAAGUGCCACAAUGGAUGUGGGUUUCUCCCAACAGAAGGUGGAUUGACAUGGCUGGAAAAUGGAAGUGAGGCCGGAAGUUACAGUUUGCCGGGAAAUUUUUACAUUCCCAAAUGUCCUCUGGGACAGAGCGCAAGCGCAGCAUUUCAUUGUGGGGAAAAUAAUAAGUGGAAGGAAGACCCAUCAUCCGCAGUUUGUGUAGCCACUGAGCUUCGUACUGCAGAAUAUGGGCAGUGUUCCGACAGUUGUAUCAUUGGUAUUUGCUCAGGACUAUUCGUUUUAGUGCUUUUGGGCUUAGCUGUUGGAGUUAGAUUUUAUUGUACAAGACGGAAGAAGCUACCCGAUCCUUCUGCUUCACUAGAAAUGAAUGUUUACUCGUCUCCGGCUGAUCGCCCUAAUUCUGGAAGAGACUUUUCACCAAUGCCACGUGUAGCCACGGAAACAGCUUCAUGAGAAAAACUGUUCUGUAGCAAUAUCAAAAGGCUCAAUUUUUUCUGUUAAUCAGCGGCUUAGAACUCGCUAAAACAGUAAUAUUUUUUGU